GCGGUGGGGCACUGCCAGCCAAAAAUAACCAUGGGUCGCUUGGGCGGCAGGAAUCUGGGAGGGCAGCCGCUAACCUGGCUGGCUGCUCUUGUCAGCCCGGUUCUCUAGCCAGGAACAGCAAAUGAGAAGCCAGCCAGGCCUGUCCUCAGAGAAAAGCUGGCAUCCUUCGCUUGGUUUCAUUGGUCAUAUUGCCUUUUUCUUCAUUGUGCAGAGCGGAGCCUCCCAAAGAAUAAUUGUGGCUCUUUAAUUUUAAAAAGCUUCUCUGCUGAGGUCUCAGGGAAUCAGGGAAUUUGUGAGAAAUAAGCUCAAAAGUCCUGGCUGAGAAGCUGACCUGGGACGCCUGGUAUUUCCCGGGUUUUCACAGGUUUUCACCUGCCCGGGAUGUGUUGCCUCUACGGGGUACUUCAUGGCCGUCAUAUUUGGCCAUCUGUGUCAGUCUGGGAGGUGUUAUCUUCAUUUUCCAGGCAUGGCAACUGAGGUCUCCAGUGACUUGUAUAAGGCCACAGGGCCAGUAAGCGGCAGCACUGGGAUUCAGUUCAAGAUUUUCUGCCAAAACUUCCAACCUGAUCCCUUGGAAGGAAUUAUAAAUUAAGGCAUUCAGCAUCGUCCUGAGUAUUUCCCGGAACUUUCUCAGUGCUAAUGAAAGGUUGUCUUUAGUACUUACCUGGGCUAGGCUUUUGACUUUAUAGGGCAGACAUAUUUCUUACAGAGCCUCUAAGAGGUUAUUGUUCCUUUGUUUUAAGAGGAGGCUGAAGUUCAGAGUGGUUUAAUAACUUGCCCAGAGGCAAACAGUGAGGUGGCAGUGCUGUGGAUCAGGUUGGCAUUUGACUCUGCAGCUGUGACUUUCCACUCAAGUGGACAUGUGGUUACAGAAGUCUUCUAGGUCCCAGGAGGAAAACUUUGGAGUGCUGUGGAUUAGAUGCUCUGCCUGCCUGGUGAGGUGGUCAGGACCACCCUUGCCUUGUGGGGAGAUACGUGCCCUGGCCAGUAGGAUGUCUUGGGUCAAUUGAUGCAUCAUUGUAAGCGAUACCGUUCCCCAGAGCCAGACCCAUACCUGAGCUACCGCUGGAAGAGGAGGCGGUCUUACAGUCGGGAGCAUGAAGGUCGACUACGAUACCCAUCCCGAAGGGAGCCUCCCCCACGGAGAUCACGGUCCAGAAGCCAUGAUCGCCUACCCUACCAGCGGAGAUAUCGGGAACACCGUGACAGCGACACAUAUCGGUGUGAAGAGCGGAGCCCAUCCUUUGGAGAGGACUGCUAUGGGUCUUCACGGUCUCGACAUCGGAGACGGUCAAGAGAGAGGGGCCCAUACCGUACCCGCAAGCAUGCCCACCAUUGUCACAAACGCCGAACCAGGUCUUGUAGCAGCGCCUCCUCGAGAAGCCAACAGAGCAGUAAGCGCAGCAGCCGGAGUGUGGAAGAUGACAAGGAGGGCCACCUGGUGUGCCGGAUCGGCGAUUGGCUCCAAGAGCGAUAUGAGAUCGUGGGGAACCUGGGUGAAGGCACCUUUGGCAAGGUGGUGGAGUGCUUGGACCAUGCCAGAGGGAAGUCACAGGUUGCCCUGAAGAUCAUCCGUAAUGUGGGCAAGUACCGGGAGGCUGCCCGUCUAGAAAUUAAUGUUCUCAAGAAAAUCAAGGAGAAAGACAAGGAGAAUAAGUUCCUAUGUGUCCUCAUGUCUGACUGGUUCAACUUCCAUGGUCAUAUGUGCAUCGCUUUUGAGCUCCUGGGCAAGAAUACCUUUGAGUUCCUGAAGGAGAAUAACUUCCAGCCUUAUCCCCUACCACAUGUCCGGCACAUGGCCUACCAACUCUGUCACGCACUUAGAUUUCUACAUGAGAACCAACUGACCCACACAGACUUGAAGCCAGAGAACAUCUUGUUUGUGAAUUCUGAGUUUGAAACCCUCUACAAUGAGCACAAGAGCUGUGAGGAGAAGUCAGUGAAGAACACCAGCAUCCGAGUGGCAGACUUUGGCAGUGCCACAUUUGACCAUGAACAUCAUACCACCAUUGUGGCCACCCGUCACUAUCGCCCACCUGAGGUGAUCCUUGAGCUGGGCUGGGCACAGCCCUGUGAUGUCUGGAGUAUUGGCUGCAUUCUCUUCGAGUACUACCGCGGCUUUACACUCUUCCAGACCCAUGAAAACAGAGAACACUUGGUUAUGAUGGAGAAGAUCCUAGGGCCCAUCCCAUCACACAUGAUCCACCGCACUAGGAAGCAGAAAUAUUUCUACAAAGGGGGCCUGGUUUGGGAUGAGAACAGCUCUGAUGGGCGGUAUGUGAAGGAGAACUGCAAACCGCUGAAGAGUUACAUGCUCCAGGACUCCCUGGAGCACGUGCAGCUGUUUGACCUGAUGAGGAGGAUGUUAGAGUUCGACCCUGCUCAGCGCAUCACACUGGCAGAAGCCUUGCUGCACCCCUUCUUUGCUGGCCUGACCCCCGAGGAGCGGUCCUUCCACAGCAGCCGUGACCCCAGCAGAUGACAGGUGCAGGCCAUCAUAUGAAGAGUUGGAGAGCUGGACUGGGCUGCUGGCCCCUCUUCUCCAGUCUCUCCCACUGGCCUCAGAGCCAGAGCCACCUCUGAACAGUGCAAUGUGAAGGAUGGCAGGAGCCUGCAAGGGAUGGGGGAUGUGGUGCCCAGCUGCCAGAAAGCACAGAUUGGACCCAAGCUAUUUAUAUGUUGUAAAGUUAUAAUAAAGUGUUUCUUACUGUUUGUAA